AUGGCUUCUCCAUCUUCCUCUUGGUGGCCUUUCGCCAGUACUGCUUCUCCCUCCUCUACAACUGCAACAUCUCUCGAUACGAAAGCUGCUGCUAGCUGUCCAGUUCCACACGGCCCAUCUGCUACCAUGCCUGCCAAUCAUCCCAUAGUCCCUGCUGCAGAUAGAAAGUCGGCUGAAGCUUGUCCUAUCGACCAUUCCAAAUUCCAAAAACCUUCAACAAGUAAUAAGGACCCAGCUGCGUGUCCUAUUCCACAUGACAAGUCUACCCCAGAUACUAUAAAUCCAUUGAAUAUGAUGCCAACCCUCUCUCAGGACAUGUCGCCUGGCCAACAGGUCCUGCUCUCUACUAAGAGAAGCGAUUCCACCAUCCCGAAAACCAAUGCUGAAGAACAUGAACCUACUUGGGUCUAUCCAUCGCCACAGCAAUUUUAUAACGCUCUAAGAAGGAAGGGCUGGGAAACUCCUGAAAAUGAUGUACCAACUAUGGUGGCUAUACACAACUUUCUAAAUGAAGCUUGUUGGCAGGAAAUCUUGAAAUGGGAAAAGGUCCAUGAAUGUGAUUGCAAGACUCCUAAACUUGCGCGAUUUAUGGGAAAGCCUAGCACCCUAUCGCCGAAAGCUACUAUGAUGACGUGGUUUGGUGUCGAAAAGCCCUUCGAUCGGCAUGAUUGGGUGGUGGACCGUUGCGGAAAGGAAGUCAGAUAUGUCAUUGAUUACUACUCUGGUCAUGAUGAGCCAGAGUCGCCCGUGUUUCAUGUAGAUGUCAGACCAGCUCUAGAUUCGCCAGAGGCGUUUGUUGAUCGUGCUCGCAUGUCCUUUCAGGGUAUCUGGGAUCGUUGUUUUGCUACAACUAGUAGCGCGGCCAAUAAUUAA